AACCGAUUACGCUACCCGCCCACCAGAAGUGCAGUGAAGAGGCCAACAGUCAGGAAAAAGGGAACCGCUUCCUUAUCAGUUAUCAUCAAGAUAUUCAGAAGCACAAGAGGAAAGAUCAAUGGCGGUGGCAAUCCGUUGCUUUGCUUCUCCGCCACCUGAUCUCUUCGUUUCCGCCCAAUCCCAUCUCCCCGGGAAAGGGAAGUUGCCUUGUGGGCUGUUCAAAGUAGGCAAGUCGACGUUACCAUUAUCAUCUAGAGAUGCCUCUACCGUACCUUCUGUUACUAGGCAGAUAUUACUGGGUAGAAAUCCAAGGCAUUCGUCCAGUGAAAAUCGAGAUGUGCUUCUUAACCUAUUUUCAGCUCAUCAGGGACAAAUGUACUUAAGAUCUUCAGCAGUAGCAUUGUUGACUAAUGCUUUCGUCAUGGCUGCUCCUUCUGAAGCCCUGGCUCAAACAUGUGAGGCUGACAGCAACUCUUUCAUGACCAUGCCCGUGCUACUAUUUGUCGCUGUGGUUGGAGCCACUGUUGGAGGUUUGCUCGCACGGCAGAGGAAAGGAGAACUGAAGCGUCUGAACGAGCAACUACGCCAGAUCAAUGCUGCCCUAAGAAGACAAGCCAAGAUAGAGUCAUACGCCCCCACGCUUAGCUAUGCACCUGUUGGCAGCAGGAUCUCAGAUGAAGUGAUAAUUGAUUCGAGGAAGCAAGAACUGAUCUCCCGUUUGAAGAGUGGGAAGAACUAUUUGAGGAACCAAGAUCCGCAGAAGGCCUUCGAUGAGUUCAAGGCAGCCCUUACACUUGCUCAAGAUUUGAAUGACCCCAUAGAGGAGAAAAAGGCUGCAAGAGGCUUAGGUUUGUUUUAUUGCGUAUCCUUAACCAGUUUCACCCAUAGUAUAGUGUGUUAGUUGACUGAGAAUCUGGUUUGUUGUUCAGGAGCCUCGCUGCAAAGGCAGGGGCAGUAUCUGGAUGCGAUACAGUACCAUAUGAUGGUUCUGGCGAUAUCAAAGCGGGAAGGGGAAGAGUCUGGUAAUACGGAAGCUUAUGGAGCUAUUGCAGACUGUUACACUGAACUUGGAGACCUUGAGCAAGCUGGGAAGUUCUAUGAUCAGUACAUUGCAAGACUUGAAACCGACUGAAAAGCCAGGUAGAUUAAGUAGAGUUGGAUCUUUCAACCUCUGGUAACUUCUGUUUUUUGUUCAAUCCUGUUGGUAAUGCCCAUACCCUGGACAUCUUAUGUGGUGGAUAAUGCUGUAUUAACUACCAAUGUUCCUUGAGCUUUAUUUUGCCUGCUUUCAUACUUCAAUAUCAGUCUGAGGCAUCCAGUGUGUCGACUCCCGCCAAAUUCAGCUACUAUUUUGAGCUGAAUUUACGUUUUGCAUCAAAUUUCGAAUGAUUAUAGUUUUGACUCUCGAA